GCGUCCCUGUGCAGCCUCAGCCAGCCGCCGAUGGGGGAGGUGGAGCCGGGGCCCGCGGGCCCGCUCGAGCCCCCGGAGCCGCCCGAAGCGCCCGCGAGCCGCCGGCUGGGCGGGAUCCGGGUCUUGAAGAGAAAUAUGAAACGCAAUGGGAGCAGAAAUUGUUUGAAUAGGAGAAGUCGGUUUGGGUCUCGAGAGAGAGACUGGCUGAGAGAAGACGUGAAGAGAGGCUGUGUUUACCUAUAUGGAGCAGAUACAACCACUGCCACGCCAACCAGCACCUCCGCCUCUGCCUCCUCGUCCGACUUACAUCUUGUCCUUUGCACAGUAGAGACACCAGCAUCAGAAAUUUGUGCUGGAGAAGGAAAGGAAAGUCUUUAUUUACAGCUCCAUGGAGACCUGGUCAGGAGGCUGGAACCCACUGAACGACCUCUUCAGAUUGUUUAUGAUUACUUAUCCAGGCUGGGGUUUGAUGACCCCUUGCGCAUACAGGAGGAGGCGGCAAAUCCUGACCUCGGCUGUAUGCUUCGAUUCUACGGUGAAAAACCAUGCCAGAUGGAUCAUCUGGAUCGAAUCCUCCUGUCUGGCAUCUAUAACGUACGCAAAGGAAAGACCCAGCUGCAUAAGUGGGCUGAGCGCCUGGUUGUUCUCUGUGGCACCUGCCUCAUCGUUUCCUCCGUGAAGGACUGUCAGACUGGAAAGAUGCACAUUUUGCCUCUGGUUGGGGGCAAGGUAGAAGAAGUGAAGCGACGUCAGUUCUCCCUUGCAUUCAGCUCAGCUGGAGCCCAAGCUCAGACCUAUCACGUCAGCUUUGAGACGCUGGCUGAGUACCAGAGAUGGCAGCGGCAGGCAUCCAAGGUGGUGUCCCAGCGCAUCAGUACAGUCGACCUCUCGUGUCACAGCCUUGAGGAGGUUCCCGAGCAUCUCUUCUACAGUCAAGAUAUCACCUACCUCAACUUGCGACACAACUUCAUGCAAUUAGAAAGACCAGGAGGCCUUGACACUUUCUACAAAUUUUCUCAGUUGAAGGGCCUGAACUUGUCCCAUAAUAAGCUUGGGUUAUUUCCCGUGUUGUUAUGUGAGAUUUCCACCCUGACCGAGCUCAACCUUUCCUGUAACGGAUUCCACGACCUGCCGAGUCAGAUUGGCAAUCUGCUAAAUCUUCAAACCCUCUGUCUUGAUGGCAACUUUCUGACUGCUUUACCUGAAGAACUGGGAAAUCUGCAACAGCUUUCUUCCCUGGGAAUUUCCUUCAACAACUUUAGUCAAAUUCCCGAGGUGUAUGAGAAACUUACCAUGUUAGAUAAAGUGGUGAUGGCAGGAAAUCGACUGGAAGUCCUAGACCUGGGGCUGCUGAACCGGAUGAGCCAUAUCAAACAUGUGGAUUUCAGGAUGAACCAUCUGAAAACCAUGGUUAUUGAGAACCUAGAGGGAAAUAAGUACAUCACCCACAUGGAUUUGCGGGACAAUCAGCUGACCGACUUAGAUCUCAGCUCCUUGUGUAACUUGGAGCAGCUGCAUUGUGAGCGGAACCAGCUGAGGGAGCUGACGCUCAGUGGCUUCUCCCUUCGAACGCUCUACGCCAGUUCCAACAGGCUGACAGCAGUGAAUGUCUAUCCAGUGCCCAGUCUGCUCACUUCUCUAGAACUCUCCCGAAACCUGCUAGAGUGUGUCCCUGACUGGGCCUGUGAAGCGAAGAAGUUAGAAAUAUUAGAUGUGAGCCAUAACCUUCUGACCGAGGUUCCUGUGAGGAUCCUUAGUAGCUUGAGUCUUAGGAAACUAAUGUUGGGCCACAAUCACGUGCAGAACCUCCCAGCACUGGUGGAGCACAUCCCUCUCGAGGUGUUGGAUAUUCAGCAUAACUUGUUCACCAGGCUGCCGGAGACCCUCUUCUCGAAGGCCUUAAACCUCAGAUACUUGAACGCAUCUGCAAAUAGUCUGGAGUCCUUGCCACCGGCCUGCGCCGGGGAGGAGAGUCUGAGUGCACUGCAGCUGCUCUACCUGACCAACAACCUCCUGACAGACCAGUGUGUGCCCGUCCUGGUGGGGCACCCCCACCUGCGAAUCUUGCAUCUUGCAAACAACCAGCUACAGACCUUUCCCGCAAGCAAACUAAAUAAAUUGGAGCAGUUGGAGGAACUGAACCUAAGUGGCAACAAGCUUAAAACCAUCCCCACGACCAUCGCCAACUGCAGAAGGCUGCACACGCUGGUGGCGCAUUCCAACAAUAUCAGCAUCUUCCCGGAGAUUCUGCAGUUGCCUCAGAUCCAGUUUGUAGACCUAAGUUGCAACGACUUGACUGAAAUCCUGAUUCCAGAGGCCCUGCCGGCUACGUUACAAGACCUGGACCUGACUGGAAAUACAAACCUGGUUCUGGAACACAAGACGCUGGACACAUUUAGCCACAUCACAACCUUGAAAAUUGAUCAGAAACCUCUGCCCACCACUGAUUCCACAGUUACAUCCACCUUCUGGAGCCACGGACUGGCCGAGAUGGCGGGGCAGAGAAAUAAGCUGUGUGUGUCUGCUCUGGCUGUGGACACCUUUGCAGAGGGGGUGGGAGCUGUGUAUGGCAUGUUCGACGGGGAUCGAAACGAGGAGCUCCCGCGCCUCCUCCAGUGCACCAUGGCGGAUGUGCUUCUGGAAGAGGUGCAGCAGUCAACAAACGACACCGUCUUCAUGGCGCACACCUUCUUGGUUUCUCACAGGAAGUUAGGCAUGGCCGGCCAGAAGCUGGGCUCGUCUGCUCUCCUCUGUUACAUCCGCCCUGACACUGCCGAUCCAACAAGUAGCUUUAGCUUGACUGUGGCCAACGUUGGCACGUGCCAAGCAGUGCUGUGUCGAAGUGGGAAACCAGUGCCCCUCUCUAAAGUCUUCAGCCUGGAACAGGAUCCGGAGGAGGCUCGGAGGGUGAAGGACCAAAAAGCCAUCAUAACAGAGGACAACAAAGUUAAUGGAGUCACCUGCUGUACCCGGAUGCUGGGCUGCACGUACCUCUACCCCUGGAUCCUCCCCAAGCCUCACAUAGCUUCCACUCCGCUUACCAUCCAAGAUGAGUUGCUGAUUCUGGGAAACAAAGCCCUGUGGGAACACUUGUCCUAUGCAGAAGCUGUCAACGCAGUACGCCACGUCCAGGACCCAUUAGCCGCUGCCAAGAAGCUGUGCACCUUAGCCCAGAGCUAUGGCUGUCAGGACAACGUGGGGGCGAUGGUGGUCUAUUUGAACAUUGCUGAGGAAGGCUGCACUUGCGAAAUGAAUGGACUCACCCUCCCGGGGCCUGUGGGAUUCCCUUCCACCGCCCUCAUCAAGGACCCGCCCAAGCCAACCACGCCUUCCUCCAGUAGCGGAAUCGCUUCCGAGUUCAGCAGCGAGAUGUCCACCUCCGAGGUGAGCAGCGAGGUGGGGUCCACUGCUUCCGACGAGCAUAACACUGCUGGCCUGGAGGCCGGCUUGCUCCCCAGGCCAGAGAGGCGCUGCAGCCUGCACCCCGCGCCCGCCGCGGGGGUUUUUCAGCGCCAGCCCUCUUGUGCCACCUUCUCGAGUAACCAGUCCGACAACGGCCUGGACAGUGACGACGACCAGCCCGUUGAAGGGGUCAUCAGCAAUGGCAGCAGAGUGGAAGUAGAAGUCGAUGUCCACUGCUGCAGGGGGAGGGAUCUCGAGAGCUCGCCCACUCUUCCCCAGCGGGCGCCCACCCCCUGUCCCGAGGAGCGUGCCAGGGGAUCGGUUUUGGGGAUCCGAAGACAGAACAGUGUGAAUAGCGGCAUCCUGCUGCCGGGGAGCAAGGACAAGGCAGAGUUACAGAAGUCCCCCUCCACGUCCUGUCUCUACGGAAAAAAACUCUCCAACGGCUCUGUCGUGCCCCUGGAAGACAGCCUGAACCUCAUCGAAGUGGCCACAGAAGCCCCCAAGAAGAAGACCGGCUAUUUUGCCGCCCCCACGCAGCUGGAGCCGGAGGACCAGUUUGUGGUCCCUCGCGACCUGGAAGAAGAAGUGAAGGAGCAAAUGAAACACCACCAGGAGAGCAGGCCCAAGCCCGAGCCUAGCGAUGAGGAUCGGACCGAGCUCCCGGAGGAGUUUGACACGGCGCUGUAGGCCUCCGCGGGAGCCGAGGUGCGGGCCGGGCGGAGGCCUGGGCUGGGAGACCCCGCCAGCGGCCUUGGACCUCCGCAUUGCCGGACCACAGAUGGCUUGGGGGGUAGAUCUUGGAGCCACAAAUGGUGAGCGCUGCCAGGGUCUCGCUCUGGAUAAGCUAGUAAACGCCGUCAGUGUUAAGCUUCGCAUCAAACCUGCAUCGGAAUUCCCAGAGUUCCAGGGCGGCGAUCGGACGUUGCUCUGCCGCCGUCCGACCACCUGCCACUAACCCUUUCUCUCCUAGGAUCAUUUCGAGAACUUGCCUGCCUGGGCAGGAAAGGGACACUUUCUGUGGAGGAAAGAACUGCAGGUAGAUUCCCUUUACUGAUUGCUGCUGCGGGAUCUCUGUGACAGAGGAGCCACCUUCUGUCUCAGCCUGACUGACGGGAUGUGAUGUGACCAGUCACAUGGCUUUUCCUUCUUCUCUACGAGAAUACAGCCUAUCGAAAUGGUGUUUAUUGGAAAUGUAGAACCAAUCACACAGAUAAUAUAUGUAUGUAAUGUAAUGAGAGCACUUUUCAUUGACUGUGAACUUUUUAUUUUCAAAUCUGCACUCGAGCCAAUCUUCUUAGAGGCAGCCCAGCCCCUUUGUCCGCAGGCAGAAGGAUCGUCGGAUGUCGGAGCUGAGGAAGAAGGAAGUAGGAAGGGCCCUGGGAAACUGACUUCCCUGUGGGACGUCAGACGGAGAGAGUUCCUGAGACACCGAGGCGAGGAGGACCUUUUGGGGGAAUGAAGACCGGGAAGGAGUGAGGACUGAGACGACCUCCCCGCAAAUCACAGAGAGUCACUCGACACCUGCUAGGAAGCUCCCAGGGGGUCACAGGAGGGGCGUUUGGGGCUUGGCCUCUUUCCAUGGCGUGUGAUGGAGCCGGCAGUCUGCCUCCUGGUACGUAGGGCCAAGGCCGAUGCUGCUCACAUCCAAGAAACCUUGAUCUAUGGCAGAUGAUGCUGAACAGAUGAGGCUGAGUGAGAAUAGAUGGACGGAUGGAGCUUACAGGUUAGACAAGUUCCUUCUCUAGAGCAGAGGGAUGGUUUUCUCAAAGGUCGGAAGGGAGUUGCAGGUUCACCUCUUAGUGUUUGACAGUCGUCUUCCGAAAACUGCUUAUCCACCCCACGUGGUUUCUUCAGCGUACUGGGCUCAAUUUCUGAAACACUUAACUGAGAAAUUCCUAAGCUUACAGAAAACCUGGUUUACUGUGUUUUUUGCACAUUCCAUGUAACCCUAGCAAAAUGCAGUUCUUUCUGUAUUUUUGUUCUCUUGCCUUUUCUGUUAGAAGAUUUACUUCCUUUUUAUUCCUACAAAGUUUUGAUAUUGCUUAAUUUGACCCAGUGGGGAAUGUACUUUUUGAAUUUUUAGAAUACUUUGACAAUUAAAUAGAAAACAGAGUGGAACUGUUUUUAAUUUGCUUCAUGAGAUACAAAAUGUGUUUUUUGUUUAUUUUUGUUCUCUCUCUUUUUUUUUU